AGGCUAGAGGAGAAGUUUGGAGAAGAGGAAAAGCAGAAGUUUGCGCAUCCUCUGGUUAUCAGACACCAUGAUGAGAGGGCACUGCGUUUGACGCAUAUCAAUGUGGUUCAGGGUUUCGAUCCAGCAGAGGUGGAGAUAUCAAUGAUGCGGCAUUCUCCAGUGUGGCAGCUGAUCCACUCUGUUGCUCAGCGGAGAAACAGCAACUCCUGGAUGGCCAUCAAACAGCAGCUACAACAUUACUGCACAGAUGAUGUUGUUUCAUGGCUGGAGGUGGAGCGUUUGGUUAAUCGGAGUGUGUUUGAGAGUAUGCCACUGACCAGAUUGGACAGUAAAGGUGUACUACUUAGGCCACCUGGACCACUGGGAACACUGAGACCAGCACAGGAACAGAUGACUACAUCAAUCCCCUGGGACAACCCACUAUCCUACUCUAAACAGCAGAUUAAUACCCUACGGACUAAAGGUUUCACCUUUCUCACGGAAAAUCCUGGUAACACAGAGGUAUUUUUCUAUAUGUUCUGUGCU